GCCGCCGCCGCCGUCGCCGUCGCCGUCGCGCUCUCGCUUCGCCGGCCGCCGCCUAAGGGGGGCUGGGGCCAGGCCAAGCCGUCGCCGCAGUUGCCGGGAUGCCGCGGGUGUAUAUUGGCCGCUUGAGCUACCAGGCCAGGGAGCGCGAUGUGGAGCGCUUCUUUAAGGGCUACGGGAAGAUCCUGGAGGUGGAUCUGAAGAACGGGUAUGGUUUUGUGGAGUUUGAUGAUCUGCGUGAUGCAGACGAUGCUGUUUAUGAACUGAAUGGCAAAGACCUUUGUGGUGAGCGAGUAAUUGUUGAGCAUGCCCGCGGCCCACGGCGAGAUGGCAGUUACGGUUCUGGACGCAGUGGAUAUGGUUAUAGAAGAAGUGGCCGAGAUAAAUAUGGCCCACCCACCCGCACAGAAUACAGACUUAUUGUGGAGAAUUUGUCAAGUCGGUGUAGCUGGCAAGACCUAAAGGAUUAUAUGCGUCAGGCAGGAGAAGUGACCUAUGCAGAUGCUCAUAAGGGGCGCAAAAAUGAAGGGGUGAUUGAAUUUGUGUCUUAUUCUGACAUGAAAAGAGCUUUGGAAAAGCUGGAUGGAACUGAAGUCAAUGGCAGAAAAAUCAGAUUAGUUGAAGACAAACCCGGUUCUCGACGCCGCCGGUCCUACUCCAGGAGCCGGAGUCAUUCAAGAUCUCGCUCCAGAAGCAGACAUUCUCGUAAGAGCAGAAGCCGGAGUGGCAGCAGCAAGAGCAGCCAUUCAAAGAGUCGAUCCCGAUCCAGGUCAGGCUCCCAUUCCCGGAGCAAGAGCCGCAGCCGCAGCCAGAGCCGCAGCCGCAGCAAGAAGGAGAAAAGCAGGAGCCCGAGCAAGGAUAAGAGCCGCAGCCGCAGCCCAGACAAGCGUCGCAGCAAGAGCAAAGACCAGGCUGAAGAGAAGGUCCAGAACAGUGACAACACUGGGAAAUCCAAGAGCCGGAGUCCUAGUCGGCAUAAAAGCAAGAGCAAAAGUAGAAGCAGGAGUCAAGAGAGGAGAGUGGAGGCAGAGAAGCGGGGGAGUGGGAGCAGGAGCAGGAGCAAAGAGAAGAGCCGCAGUCAAGAGAAGGGCCUGCACAAGAGCCGGAGCCGGAGCAAAGGAGGCAGCCGGAGCCGGAGUCGCAGCAAAAGUAGGGACAAGAGGAAGGGGAGGAAACGAAGCAGGGAGGAGAGUCGCAGCCGCAGCCGCAGUCGCAGUCGCAGUCGUAGCCGUAGCCGCAGCCGCAGCCGCAGCCGCAGCCGCAGCAAGAGCGAGAGGAGCAGAAAAAGAAGCAGCAAGCGGGACAGCAAGUCAGGCAGCGGCAGCAGCAGCAGCAAAAAGAAGAAGAAGGAAGACACCGACCGGUCCCAGUCCAGAUCGCGGUCUCGUUCAGGCUCCAAGGAGCGGGAACACGCCAAGUCCGAGUCCGGCCAGAGGGAAGGCCGCGGGGAGAGUGCGGAUGCUGGCACCCAUCAGGAGGCCCGGUCCAGGUCGAGGUCCAAUUCCAAAUCCAAAGCAAACCUUCCAUCAGAGUCACGCUCCAGGUCAAAGUCCGCUUCCAAAACCCGAUCUCGGUCCAAGUCCAGAUCCAGGUCCGCAUCCAGAUCGCCCUCCCGGUCUAGGUCCAGGUCCAACUCUAGGUCCUAACUGGCUACGAGCACGGCUGGAACUACCCGAGAAGUCUUUUGUACAUGUUUGGUCGCCGUAGCACAAGUGAUUGAAGUAGAACAUGUCACUGCUGUACAUUUUUAACUCCCCUAAUGGUGUGUCCACAAUUGUUAAAUCUAAGUGCUUCCUCUUCGUAAAGCCUCCUGGCGCCAGGCCUUCCUGCUCGACUGAAAACAGUCUUCUCUUUGAAAACCCCUUUACUCAUGGCCCACAGUAGAAUAUCCAAAACGCCUUGGCUUUCAGGCCUGGCCUUUCCUACAGGGAGCGCAGUUCCUGGACGGCACUAAGGCUGGAAUGAUGACAUAGGUAGGUAUGGUGAGUUCAACCAUUUUUGCCCUUGAAUUGACGCCCUUUGAUGUAUGCCAUUUAGUGAAAGUGCUAAGUCUUAAGUUUCCUACCACUUUGGUUUCAUAUUUUUGGACUUAACAGAGUUGUGAAUAGCACAGUCAAGGAAAAUUGAUACCUGCAGUAACCCAUAGGAAAUAAACUUUAGAGUUCCAUAUUCUGGUAUUGUGAUUAUAUUGUUUUAUAUUAAAAAGAAAAGAAAAGAAUUUUUUUUAAUUUUAUUUUUCCCCGUCUUGCAAAGUAUAGUGACCCCUGUUUCCAUUAAAUUUGAAUAAAGACUAUUUUUGCUUGACAAA